AUGAGCGACCAGGAGCGCCACGAGGAGAUCCCGCUUGGCGGACAGCCUCCGGAGGAGAACGACGACAUCGAUGUCACUCCCCUCCUAGAAGACGCGCGGACAGCCACAGCCGCGAAACAGGUGCAGAUGCUGCACCGACAGGGGGUGCUCAGCAGGGCGGAGUACAUGCAGCGCGUUGUCGCGCUGACGGACAGGCUGGUGUCCGAGCCGCCAAGAAACCAGUCACCCACCCGCAAGCCCGCUAACGUGAAGCUCCAGAUGCUGGAGGCACAGCGGGAGUUUACGGAUCCGAAGAUCCGUAAAUUCAACGCCUUCCUGGAGAAAGACCAGGACGUCGCCCGCGACGCAAAGACGAGCGGGGCGUUGAACCGUGCCCUGGAGCGGUACAUCGCCGCGCUGGAGGCCAAGCUCUUGUCGCCGGUUGUCGCCUCGGGGGCGGCCAUCCUCCUGGGUCUCGUGGGCCCCGAAAGUGCCACCGACACCUAUGAGAAGAGAGUCCUGCAGUGGAUCUCUCUCAUGGUGGACGAGCCGGAGGACACCCGGCUGUACCGCUACAACGCCUUUGUCGUGUCCGGCAUGCCUUCGGCCGCCAUGAAGGAGUGGCGCGAGAUCCUCGACGAAGUGGAUCUCCCCCUGUUCCCUCCCAUCGACAAGUUCUCCCCAAAGAACUUGCAAAUUCGCCUGGACGCGCGAGAGGCGAGUAAGGCCCUGGAGGCUGGUGGCGAGGCCCGCGAGAAGGAGCCACGCCAGGAGCUCUACCGCCGGCCACGCAAGGGGCGGGACUUGUUGGAGGGAGGCGGCGCGACGGCGCCGGUGUACGGUGCCGACGGCACCCAGAUUGCGGUGGUGGACCUGUCCGGGCUGGAAGGCUACCUGGAGACGCUCUCCCAGAGCGUGCAGACGCUCCGCGAGGAGGAGCGCGCGGUGGGGAUGGCCCUCACCCAGGAGAUCCGCGAGAACAUCUCGCGGAUGCGUACACCGGGGCGCGGGGCAUCGUGCCAAACAUGA